CAACUUUAUCCUUCUCGCCGCAAGUUCAAGAAAGUAAAUAUUUAUGUAUAUAAAAUUUAACUGUUGUGUUCCGAAAAUAUUUUUCAUUAAAUAAAUACUUUGCAAAAUUAUUGUAAACUUUGUUGGAAUCUUGAAAAUGGUUUCCCACUUUAUAUUCCGUAAUCCUUUGCGGACAACAAUGUUUUAUAAGCAAUUGAACUUUUCGAUAAAUUAUAUAAAUAUUCGAUUACAGCAUCAGUUAGCCGAAAUUACCCGUCAAACCUGCGAAUAUCCACCUAUUGUUGAUAUGUCAGAAGAGGGACAGCGCAAACACCAGCGACAAAUGUGGUACGAUUCUAUCAAAACUAUGCCCACCGUAGAAGAAAAAUUAUAUGAAUUAGCUGUGCAACAGAGAUUGCAUCUAAAAAAAUAUUUUUUAACUUGUGUUCCUUCUUCAUACACUGGCAUCUUUUUCCAUCAAUUCAUUACUCGAACUCAUUCAAUUGAAGGUUUACCUGAUAAAAUAAAUGAUAUAAAUGUCGAGGAUGAACUAUCUGAUAUAAAAGAUACUUUUAAUGAAGUAUUGUUAAAUUAUUAUCACAAUCCUUGGCAAAGUCAGAGACCAAAGCAGUUGUCAGAUUAUUUAAUUGAAAAAAAUGCUGGAUCUCGGUUGCUUAAUCAACUUAUUACACAAUGCUACAAAAGACUAGCAUCAAGAAAUGACCACAUUCUAGAGUCCACUAUUCAGCAUAAACCAAGAAUAAAUAGUUUUUGGUGGCAUGGUGGAUUUGAAUCUGAGAAGGACAAAAUGUACGAAAGAAAUCUGGCUUUCAGAUAUGAAGAAUUUCCUGCAUUUGUGAUACGUAUAAAAAAACCCUUAUCACCUAUUGUUGAAAUGAAUGAUUCUUUAUGUGCAACUUCAGAAGUUAUUAAUUACAAUUAUCAUCCUGAUGUCUUUGGAUUCCCCUCUAGAACAGAUGACUGGUUAUCAUCUAUUCCAGGAUUUUGGCCUGGGGAUCCAAAUGAAUUUCCACUUUUACAGGUUUUCACUUCUGACAAAUUGCAUCCUUUAUUGAUGAGGAUUGAAAAAUACGACCUUAAAAAAAUAGAAAACAGCCUAGGUCUUUUGACUUCAUUUGGAUAUCUAAACACAAUUGCCAAUUAUCAAGGUUUUACACCAUUUCAUGACAUAACCUAUCCAUUAGUGGUUCAGACAAUCUUGACUAAUGGCCAAGAUUUUACAUUUUUCGUCUAUCAAUUAAAUACUAUUGCUUUUCACGAGGAUGUGGAUAACAAAGACCGUAGAAAUCUUUGCUGGACAUCAGGGAAACUACGACUGUUUGAAACAGUUGAAGAUGGUCAGUUAAAAGGUGUUAAUGAAGAUGUCUACAGGUUAUUACUGAAAUUUAUGCUAAAUACUCCUGAAGUGAAAGAAGGGCAAGUUUUAAAGCCCUACCUGGGGGUUGACACAAGAACUGAAGAUGAGAUUAAGAACAUGAGAUUCUUUCUAAGAAGAAUGUAUAGUCAACAGCGUGCUCAUGAUGCUCACAAAGAUGAGGUGCCUAUGUGGGUACAGAUCUACAAAAAUCAUCCAGAGGCACCACCUUCUCCCUAUGUAAAGUUGGCAUAAUUGGAUUAUUUUAGGAAUAAAAUUUUUUAAUGUUCA